UGCCCUAACUUGGGUGUAUUUGGAGUAGGUAAACUGCUUUCAAGGGUCACUGCUCCCCAAGUAAUCAGCAGGGUCAGAGGGUUGGGGGUGAAGGCUGUAGAACUGCCUGAGCUGCUCCCUGCAGGACCCCAUAGUCAAAAUGACUGCAACUCAAGCCCUUCACUGCAAGUUACCCUGACUGUCAACAGGUAUAACACAGGGGCACAAGAGUGCCAACAGGAUGCCGGCCACGGCGGUGACGAGGCCCCGUCGACCUCAUCCAGCACGGCUGGGAGUUCUUCUGUGCCAGACCUACCAGGUUAUUACUUUGACCCGGAAAAGAAUCGCUACUUCCGCUUGCUCCCUGGACAUAACAACUGCAACCCACUCACGAAGGAGAGCCUCCGGCACAAGGAGAUGGAGAGUAAAAGGCUGCAGCUGCUAGAGGAAGAAGACAAGCAGAGAAAGAAAAUAGCCAGGAUGGGAUUUAAUGCAUCUUCUUUGUUACAAAAAAGCAAGCUGGGUUUUCUCAAUGUCACCAGUUAUUGCCGUUUAGCCCAUGAGCUGCGACUGAGCUGCAUGGAGAGGAAAAAGGUCCAGAUUCAGAGCUCGGAUCCCUCCGCUUUGGCAAGCGACCGAUUUAACCUCAUACUGGCGGAUACCAACAGUGACCGGCUCUUCACAGUAAACGAUGUUAAAGUUGGAGGCUCCAAGUACGGCAUCAUUAGCCUGCGCGGUAUGAAGACGCCCACGCUCAGGGUGCAUAUGCAUGAAAAUCUCUACUUCACCAAUCGGAAGGUGAACUCUGUGUGCUGGGCCUCACUGAAUCACCUGGAUUCCCAUAUUCUGCUGUGCCUCAUGGGGAUCGCAGAGACUCCAGGCUGUGCCACCCUGCUCCCAGCAUCGCUGUUUGUCAGUAGUCACCCAGGAGACCGGCCUGGCAUGCUGUGCAGUUUCCGGAUCCCUGGGGCCUGGUCCUGUGCAUGGUCCCUGAACAUCCAGGCAAAUAACUGCUUCAGUACAGGCUUAUCUCGGCGUGUCCUGGUGACCAACGUGGUGACAGGACACCGGCGGUCAUUUGGGACCAGCAGUGAUGUCUUGGCCCAGCAGUUUGCUCUCAUGGCUCCUUUGCUGUUUAAUGGCUGUCGUUCUGGAGAGAUCUUUGCCAUUGAUCUGCGUUGUCACAAUCAGGGCAAGGGCUGGAAGGCCACCCGCCUGUUCCACGACUCAGCAGUGACUUCUGUUCAAAUCCUCCAAGAAGAGGAAUCCUUGAUGGCGUCCGACAUGGCUGGAAAGAUCAAGCUGUGGGACCUGAGGACCACUAAGUGUAUAAGGCAGUACGAAGGUCACGUGAACGAGUAUGCCUACCUGCCCCUGCACGUGCACGAGGAAGAAGAAAUCGUGGUAGCAGUGGGCCAGGACUGCUACACGAGAAUCUGGAGCCUCCACGAUGGCCACCUGCUCAGAACCAUACCCUCCCCACACCCCACCUCCAAGGCCGACAUUCCAAGUGUGGCCUUCUCUUCUCGGCUCGGGGGCUUCCGGGGAGCACCGGGGCUGCUCAUGGCUGUCCAGCAGGACCUUUACUGCUUCUCCUACUAAAAUU